GUCAUGGUAGAGCAGCUGUUCAAAACACGACAUUGUUAAUGUAGCUUUUAAUGUACAAGUACAUCAGUGCACGUGUUUCAUUCUAAAACAUUUUGUUUAUAUUAAAAAAUAAAUAAUUCAAAUCUUAAAACAUGGAGUUGGAAAAUGUCAACGGAAAAACUAUCGCUGAAACAAAUGGUUUAAGAGAAAUGGAAACGCUUGUUAAAAUGGAGGUUGGAAAACGAGCAAAAUAUUUGAUUUACGGAAUAUCAAACGAAAAUCCUCCAAUUCAAGUGACGGUACUGUGUGCUUUACAGCAAGCGUUGCUAGCACUGUCUGGAUCUCUGGUUGUAUCACUGUUAGUUGCUGAAGCCGUCUGCGCUGAAAAUGAUCAAAAUAUCAAAGCUAAACUCCUCAGCUCAACUCUUUUUAUGAACGGCAUUACUACAGUGGCAAUGAACUUGUUUGGAACAAGGUUACCACUUUUUCAAGGCGCAUCGUCUGAAUAUAUUGUCCCCUUGUUACUUUUGGCAAAUGACGGGAGUACAUUUUGUUCGAGCGUCAAAACUGAAAGAGCCAUUGAAAGGAACAUAACAUCAAACCGGACAGAGGCACAACAUGAACAGCUAGUUUACUCUAACAUACAAGCGCUACAAGGCAGCCUGAUGUUGGCGGGUUUUAUACACGCCUUCCUCGGUUUUACCGGACUGAUCGGUGUCUUGUUGCGAUAUAUCGGACCACUGACUAUAGUACCAACAUUGAUGUUAAUCUUCAUCUUUAUCGUUAAACCUGUCAUCAAUUUCGUUCAAGAAAGUUGGCCCAUUGCUCUUUCGACAGUUGCUUUAGGAGUUAUACUUUCCCUGUAUUUAGCCAAACACAACGUGCCUAUACCUGUGUGGACUCCGUCCGGGGGCUUUAGGGUGAUCCGAUACCCUAUACAUCAAGUGUUCUCUAUUUUGAUAUCAAUACUGUUGAACUGGGGACUUUGUGCAAUCCUCACCUCAGCUGGUGUCUUCCCUGACGACCCUAAGGCUAUUGGCUACAAGGCUAGAACAGACGCACGCAAUGACGUCAUAAGGGACAAUCCAUGGUUCAAUAUUCCGUACCCUGGACAAUUUGGACCAAUCAGCUUUAGCGCUGCAGCUCUCAUAUCAUUCCUCAUUGCCACCUUGAUAUCCGUUCUCGAUUCUAUCGGUGACUAUUACGCAUGCGCAAGAGUAUGCCGGGUACCUGCUCCUCCGAGUCACGCAGUGAAUAGGGGCAUAUUGAUUGAAGGUUUCUGCAGUCUUCUGUCAGGGGCUGUUGGGUGUGGUCAUGCCACGUCGACAAACGGAGGAUGUUUAGGGGCAAUCGGUGUUACAAGAGUUGCAAGUAGACAAGUGUUUGUAGUCUGUGGUAUAUUCUACAUUCUUUUUGGAAUAUUUGGGAAGUUUUCGGCCAUCUUCGUUACAAUACCAUAUCCGGUCCUAGGUGGCGCUGUCAUCGUCUUGUUCGGAAUAUUCUUCGGUGUGAUUAUAUCUAAUUUGGAGGUUACUAAGAUGGGAUCAUCACGUAAUAUGGCUGUAUUAGGACUAUCCGUGUUUAUUGGAUUAACUAUACCUACCUGGGCACAAUCUAAAGACAAACCAGUAGACACAGGGGAUGAAGGCGUUGACAACAUAUUAUCAAUGUUAUUGUCCAACCCCAACUUAAUUGGAACUCUGUUGGCAUUUUUUCUUGACAAUACUGUCCCUGGAACUCGUGAAGAGAGAGGAAUCUUAGCAUGGCAAGUGCCCCAGGAUACGGAGACAGUCGAAGUAGAUCCGGAAAUGUACGACGAGGGAUAUGAAGUGUAUGAACCCUUAGUCCCUAAAUCGUGUUUGAAAUGGAAGGUCAUGAAGUAUAUACCUUUUCUACCAUACCGGCCAAAACAAACGGACUAAAACAUUUUUAUAGUGACGUCAAAUCAGUAAAGAAAUACUACCAACCAAAGUGAUUUCGGCAUUGAUAUAAACCAACGUGUUAUGAAAACAAAUAAUGAAAAUGUGGACAUCACAUUAGUAUAUUAAUGGUACAAAAUAAAUUUGUAAAUUGUAAUUGAUUGCGGACUGGAGAUAUUUUCAGCAAUUUAGAUAUACAUGUAACAUGAAUUGUAUUAUUUGAUAAACUUGUGUGAUGGAUUCGCCCAAGUUUGAAUUUGGAACAUCCAGGUUAGAAAUAUUUAUCAUUUCAAUAGCAGAAUAGGUAAAAAAGGUAGAACAAGAAUGGAAACUGUGUAAUACAAAGGUCGAAAUUGAAAAAAAAAAGAAAAAAAGAGAGAGAUUGAUCUGACGUCACAUUUAACAUAAUAUGUGUAAAAGUCAAUAUCAUACUGUGACUAAAUAUUUGUAUCGCUGCUAAAAAAGCAAGUGCCUGUUUAGUUUGUAUCUCACUGCCUCACUCACAAGUAUCUAUAUAAAUACACUAUUUUGUUAUCAUAUUAUAUGUAUACAUAAAUA